AUGGAAACGGAAAUAGAGGGGGCCGAGCAAAAAGCAGACGGGACAUCCAAGUUGGAUAACAGAAAGUGUAGACUCGAUAAAGAAAUCGGAGGUGAGAAAAAACCUGGCUCCGCCGCCGAAGAACAUCCCCGGCCAAAUUCAGAGGCGGAGAAGGUAAAAGAGGGGAUCGAGGCAGACGAUUUCAUCGCGAUCCUGAAGUAUUCUCCGAGUCCGUACAGGGAAUUCCGGCGGUCGAUGGCGGAGAUGGUGGAGGUGCGCCUGGGCGGCGGCGAGAAAGUGGAUUGGGAUUUUCUAGAGGAGCUUCUGUUUUGUUAUUUGGAUCUGAACAACGAAAAGAUUCACAGGAACGUGCUGCGGGCUUUUGUGGAUUUGCUCAUCGUCUUGCACGAGAACGAUUGGAGAUCACCGGAGUGGCAGCGUCGGCCAUGGGAAGGCGUCGGAGGUGGUGGUGGGAGGCUGUUGAAAGGGGAGAAGUAG